AUGCGGCAGCCUGUAAUCGUAGGCGUCGUCAGCAGGACUGCCUCGAGUGCCUGUUUUCACACUUCAACGCAGUCUCGGGUCCGACAGCCGUGGGUUCACACCAAGAAGAGGCCGGCAGAACCACAAAUACCCCCCUCGUGGCAGCCCUUUGAGGUGCCAGAGGUGGUCUUAGACCUCGACGGCUGGGACAGCGGAUACUCACGACCGUACGACGAUGCGGAAAGGUCCGCUCAGCGGGAGAAAUGGGGAGAGAUCCCUCGAAUUGACGCCACCUGGAAGCGCAUUAGGAACUUUGAGUUCGACCGCCAGCGCGUGAGCGACAACUUUGCCAAAGUCGCCGGCCACGACCCCUGGCGACAACGCUGGGCCGUCACGGACCUUGACGUUAUGGCCACUGCUCUGAGAGGCGCCCCCAAGCACAAGAGACGUCCGGAUAAAAAACGACCAUACGGAUCCGACGCUGACGGCGUCUUGAGCUCGGUGGCUUUCGAGAACGCCAUUCCCAUGUCCACCUUUCGGGACGACAAGUUGUUUCUGAGCUGGCUGCUACACAGGAAGACCAGCACAUGGCCCAUCCCCCAAACUUCCCUUGCCAUCUCACAAAACCUCAUAAGCAAACAAGAGAGCCUCAAGGACCUUCGACGCUACAUCUUGUUCCUUCUCCAGCAGGGCGACGGUGGACCCUGGCACGUUCACCAGUGUAAUGAGCACAUCGCCCGAGUCUUGUUUCGUGUUCUUUCCGAACCCGACAAGAACUCACCCAUUCUCCGCAGCUUCUUGCCGUUUUUCAACAAUCUUUUCACCAUCUACCAGCAAAACGGAUGGUCACUUGGUCCUGAACUGUGUGGUGCCUGCCUAGUUCUGUCGGCCCACGCCUUCCAGUUGCGGGCGGUAGGGAGGUUCCUCGAGCAUGGCUUAAAGCAUGGCUAUUGGGUUGAUGGGAAGCCAGGGGUCUCAGAUGUUCAAGCCGCGCUAGAGCUAUUGCACCGGCAAUGGGAUAAAGAGACGCGAGAUGGUUCCUCCUCUCAGGAUUUUGAGGCCUACCAUGCGCCUGGAAACCGUCCAGAUAAUCACAAAGAAAACCUGGUCAGCCUCUUGGCAGGGGGUGUCGGAAACGCCGGCAAAGCGUCUUUCAAGGCCGUUGUGAAGAGAAAUCCCAGCAACGAGGGGCUGAAUGAGCAGUUCUCGCGGCUGGUUGCUCGACUCGGCCCUCUGUCAGAUCAUCUCACCAAGACUGGAAUGAACCGGGGAAAAGGGUGA